CUGCGAGUCAAGGUCACAGUCGGAGUGCGCAGUUUCAGUGUUGCCGGAACGUGCCAGUGUCCGUGCAGUUUUAAUAGGUUGGGUUUCUCUGGAUUCUCGCUUAUUUUCUUUGUUAUCGAUUAAGUCACUGGGAUACAAACUACAAAAUUGAAAAAAAUGCACCAACUAACUGAUCAAAUGGUAUCCGGAUUGAAAAAUUAUAAAUACUCGUGUGUGGACAAUUCACCUUUUUCAAUAUAUGUUAUGCAUCCCUUCUGGAAUUGGUUGGCAAAUUUUUACCCUGUUUGGCUAGCUCCAAACCUCAUAACAUUCACUGGUUUCCUUCUGACUGUGGCCCAUUAUCUCCUAUUGUGCUGCUAUAAUCCCACUUUCUUCUCAACAGUCAAUGUUCCUACUUGGGUUUGGCUCGUUACCGCUUUCCUUGUAUUCAUUGCCCAUACUUUAGAUGGUACAGAUGGAAAACAGGCUCGUCGAACUAGGUCAUCAUCGGCUCUUGGCGAAUUAUUUGACCAUGGAUGCGAUUCGUGGGUGUGUCUUUUUCUUGCUGGAUCAAUGUUCUCAUUGCUAGGUAAUAUUUAUACUGUGAGAGAAAUGUUUAUGGGGCAGUGGGUAUUAAUUAUCACUUUUCUUCUAUCCCAUUGGGAAAAAUACAUUACGGGCACCUUAUUUCUACCUUGGACGUUCGAUACAAGUCAAAUAAUGGUUGCUCUGGUAUUCUUACUCGCCUAUUGGCGAUCACCUACUAUUUUUAUGAAACCACUUUUAUUUGGUUGGUCAAGUGCAGCUAUUUUCAAGUUCACACUCUUUUCUUCACUUUACUUUGUUCAUAUACCAAUUACAUUAUGGAAUAUUAUAAGAACUUGUCCAAAUAAACAACCAUGGCAUCGUGGUCUUGGAUUAUGGGGUGUAGUUAGACCUCUUAUACCUGCAGGACUACUUAUAUUUAGUUCAUAUAUAUGGGCUUAUUAUUCACCAUCAAAUUUAUUGGAAAAAAAUACACGUACAUUUUUAUUUUGUUGUGGAACAAUUGCUUCAAAUGUAACAUGUCGUUUGAUCGUCGCGCAAUUAUGUCAUGUCCCAGCGCCAUUGCACAACAAAGAAGUUUAUUUAUUUCAAUAAUUACCGUUGUUAUAUGUUUCAUUCUUCCAAUAAAUAAAGAUACGUCUAUUGAGUGUAUCGUCCUUCAUUUAAUAACGAGUUUCGUCACAUUGGAUCAUCUUUAUUAUGCUUAUCAAGUGGUAAAUGAAAUUUCAUCAUGUCUUUAUAUAAAAGUGUUCAGUAUUACUCAUUAACAACAACAUAAUGUGAAUCAAACUUACCUCUUAAUUAUUAUUAUUAAUAUUUCUGUGUACAUUAUAAGAUCAAUCAUAACUUAUUUCUUCAUAUGUAUGAUGAAUUAUUCAUAUUUACUCUAUGGAACUUGUAUUGUUUCAGCACAGAAUCUCAUUGUCCUGUUUUCGUUAUUCUUCAAAUGUAUAUGAUUCUUUUGUCUUCUUCAUUCUUUCUUUCUCUCUCUCUUUCUAGCAAAUUAAACAAUGUCAAUAUUUCUAUUUCAUUUUGUUUUAUUACUUGUUUUACACACACACACAUACACAUACAUAGAUAGACCUUAUUUUACUUUCUCCAAAUCUAUUUUCAUCGAUGUAAUACAUCGCAUUGAACAGGUAUAUAUGAAUGUGUUCAAUGUUUCAGCAUGAGUAAGAAUUCAUGUUUCUGUUUACUUCUUUCUUUCAUUCUUCUUUUACAGUUUUAGCUCGUUUUCUAUGAUGCAAUUCUAUACAUAUAAUACAUAUUUAAAUAUGAUAUGUUUCCUUGAAUAAUUUCACUUUCACAUGUAUGAAUAUCAUUUAUCAAAAUAUAUUUUAUUUCAUUUUAUUAAAAGUAAUUUACAUUUUAUAAUUGCUUUUUGCUCUUUAUUAACUUCUAACUAAAAUAUAAUUAUUUUCUAAUUCUAUGGAAUAAA